AGAUGGUUAGCUGAGUGGACUUGGAUGGAAGCAAAAUGGUCUGCGGAAUGGACCUGGAAAGUGAUUGAAAGGAGUUGUAAACCAAUUGAACCUGUGCUUGAAUACCUUUGGGAAACAAUUGAAGUUGUCACUGAGUUUUACAAUGAAUAUGUUCACGAACAUGUUAUCAAGAUUCAGAGCCACCUCGUUUUCUCGACCUGGCGUGAAACCGGUUAUACGAUCUCGACCGUCUUGGUUCUGAACUGUGUUGUGGUUACCGUUUACAUGUUGAUUUCGUGGCCUGUAAAGUCGAUCUGGCGAAGAUGGCAAGCUUACAAAGAAUGGAAGGCAGCCGAAGAAGCUUCCUGGAGAUUACCUCCUAGACGUCAGCCACAACCAAAUGAACGAGUCUGGGAAAACCCCAAAAAGAAAAAACUCCACAGAAAUAAAAACGAAUAAAAGACUCCAGACGUUUUUUCUUUUUUCAUUGGUGACAAACUUUUUUAUGAAAAAUUUUGU